AUGUGCAACAUCAUAACUCCUGAAGAAAGCCGGUCUUAUUUGAAACAGGAUAUGGAUGCAUUCAAUGAUAUCGGCCAGCGAUGGUGCCUCGCUAUCCACUGGGUAAGCCAGGAGAUUCUUAUUCCCAAACUGUACGUAUCGGCCCCUGACAAGCACAUACAGAUGAGACAAAUCUCGCUAUUUUACAAGCUUAACCUCCUCACCAAACAGUCGUGGGCAAACAACAACGACAACGACAUAAAUUCUAUGAAUGUAAAGGAGAUAAAGGAUGGCAUCAUGAAUUUCGUUCGCCAAAUCAGUCUCAAGGAUCGCCAGACACGUGACGUUAACCUCAAGCCAACGUUUGAUUUUGACGGAUGGGUGAGCGCCAUGCAAAGUUCGGUUAACCAAGAACAGGGAAUGGGGCUAGAAGGGGAGCUGGAGAUAGCCGAGAGUGACUCGCUUUCAACGGUAUACGUGGAGGAUCUGCAGGUUGGCCUUUUGAACAAUGUCUCGGGUAUGUUUUAUCUCGACGGAUUGGCUGAAAUGGGGUUGAGUGGAGAUGUCGAAUCCCUGGUCGAGGACUGGGGUCAAUCUGGAUUAGAGUGA